AUGUCAUCUGACAUGGAUCAAAGUGUGCUGACAAUCUCUGUUGAAACGAAAGCAAAUGAUCUGCCAUUUCCACGAUUUGGCCAACCGCAAAGGCUCGGCGAGUAUACUGUGACACGCGAUCGACAAUUGGUGCCAGGCAGAGAAGACGCAAAAUAUUUGUACGAAGCUGCAUUGGCUGACGGCGGAAGAGUGAGACUCGAUUUGAAUCAGGGAUUUGAUACAUUUGAAGAAAAAGAGGGGGACGAAAGGCUUGACAUUUUGUUGGAAUGGGUUGUUUCUCAAGCACCUCGUGGUGGUCCCUUGAAAAAGGUGCUCCAUGAAGCUGAUUUCGUUUGUUGGAGAGGACUAUUGACGCGGAUAGCCGCUACACCGUUCUGCCCUAAAGAUUCUUGGGAGUUCGUUGCUGCUCGCAUUGGUGGUGUAAUUUUUCUGUGUGAAAGAGAAACAGAAGAGACCAGGAUAAGGAAGCAAUCCAUGUCACAGCGGGAGAAGAUGAUGACAUACUGGGGUUUCAAAUUCGAACAGUAUAUGACUGUGACUGAGAAAGAUGAUCAGCCAAGGACAGAUGAUAUCGUCACCUGCCGUGAAGAAUUUGCAGUAGUUGUUCGUUCUACUUUGGCAGCCACGACUGGCAAACCUUUAAAAUUAGUUUACAGUGGUGAAGUGGACGCAAUUAAUGCAGAAGGCGAUAUGGUAGAGUUAAAAACUCAGCGACAUGCUCUUGAGGGUUUCUUCUGGAAACAGAAAAGUCUAAAAUGGUGGCUGCAAUCGUUUCUACUUGGUAUUCGAGACAUUAUUGUAGGAUAUCGUGAUGACGAUGGUUUCGUCAAGAAAGUUGGUUUUGUGCACACGGAUGAACUUUGCAAACGAGGCGAAUGGUCUGGAAAUAUUUGCAUAAAUCUCCUUUCGAGUGUGCUUACAUCGGUUCGUAGUCUGCUUGAACGUGAUGGCGAAGCAUGCAUUGUUCGAUAUAUGCAAAAUCGUAGUAAAAUAACAAUACACUCAGCUGCAUUAGCUGAUGUAGAUUUUUUUACUCAUAACUUCAGGGUUCAUUUUAAUCUUGAGUAAAAAAUCUCAUUAGGUAUCACAGCAAUUUCCUACACAUCAUUGUGGAUUAAAGUGCUUCUGACUCGUACCUAGUGGAAAAGUCUGUUUUGUUGAAACUAGAGUUUUCUAUUUGUGUUCUAAAUCUGUGCCUUGUCAAAUAUCAUGGUCCUCGAACUUGUUCCUAUCGUUAUCGCGGUUGUGCUUAUAUGGAUUUAUUUUUGAGGCCUUGAUCUCAGCUAUUGUUAUGCUCAUGCUUUUUUUGACCUGUUACGGCAAAACUAAUUCUAUCGUCGUCUCCCCGCGAUAGAUGGGGCGUGUUGUCUGC